CUGCAGCCGAGUAAGAGUAAGCAAACUUUGGACCUAACUGAUUAUAUGAUGCCGUCUUACAAACUCAUCUACUUUAAUGGCAAGGGGCGUGCAGAAUGCCUCAGACUUCUUUUCAAACUCAAGGGUGUUGAAUUUGAAGAUAAAAGGGUGGAAAUUGCCGAUUGGGCUUCGGUAAAGCCAACACUACCAUUCGGCCAAGCACCAGUUCUGGAAGUAGAUGGAAAGCAAUUACCGCAAGGGAAGGCCAUAGCUCGUUAUCUUGCAAGGGAAUUCGAUUUACUUGGCAAAGAUUCCUGGGGCCAAGCCAUCGGGGAUGCAGUUGUCGAAGCCAUCACUGAUCUUAGUAAAUUGUUCUGGGAAUUCUACAUGGUGAAAGAUGCCGAUAAAAAGGCCAAGGAAUCUAAGAAAUUUGCCGAGAACGUGGCUCCUGGCCAUUUAUCAAAUAUAGAGAAGUUCUUAACUGGGAAUGUAUUUCUUACAGGAGACGAUGUGAGCAUGUUUGACAUUGAUUUAGCAGUGCAGCUAGAGUUCAUGGUGGGUCUCAUACCAGACAUACUGACGCCCUACCCAAAGCUACUUGCUCUGUACAAUAGGGUGAACGCAAUACCACAGUUAGCAGAGUGGAUCGCAAAGAGACCAGACACGCCAUUUUGAAAUAUGAGUUGCAGACUUUAGCUUCAAUAAUCUAGCAUCCUGUACAUUUUGAAAUGUGAUUGCUAUAGCCUAUGUAUAUACGAAG